GCUUCCUGCACGUCCCAACCCCAAGCAGAAGGGGGUCUGUGACACGCUGCUACCCCCACGGCACCCAACGCCAUUGCUUCUCCUCCUGCAUCAUCCCUGAGGUCCCUCUUGCUCCCAGCACCUGUCACCCUGUGCUUGACAUCCCUGACCACCACUCUCCACACCACGGGUCUGAGCCUCCAUCCUCAACCAUUCCUAGUGAAAGUGUUUUUCACCAUUUGGCAAGCUUGUUGGCAAAGCUGCUCUUCCCUACUGACUCUGGUGUUCCCCCCUGCUUAGAGUGCUCACUGCCAAAGGACAUGGAAAAUUAUGCAGAGAGACUCAAGAAUUUGGAGGAUACAAAAUUUCUGUUGUUUGCAAUGUCUGCUUCCUGUGUAAUUGUCAAGGUAAUGAGCUCUGGCCUUGCUGGGAAUCUUGUCCGCAGCAGCAUCAGCAGGCAACUCGUGUGGGCAAAGGGGUCCAGAACCGGUGGGGCUGGCACGGCCUCACUCGCCCUGGUGAGAGGGUUCAUCUUGUCCCCAAGCAGGGGCUAUGCGAAGGCUGCUCCCCUGUGUCCUGGCAGCAGCUCCAGCCCCCCUGGCCACCAGCAAGCCCUGGUUACCUGCAGGGCCAGCACUCUGUCCCCAUGUGCCCCAUCCUCACCCCUUCCCCCUGAGGGCCCUCUCUCCAGAGCUGCCCGUGCUGCUCAGCUAAGCAGCACCCUUGGGACACUCAGAGCGGCAUGUCUUCCCUCCCUCCCCUCCUUCUUCCCAAAGGAGUUUGGAGAAUACCUCUUACCUUCUGAGAGGCUGGACGUCAUCCUCACAGCCCUUGAAGCUUUACAAGACGCCAGCAUCCAUGACAAGCACAGGGCCUGUAGCGUGUUGGAUGUAGCCUUGGAGGACCCUGACUACUGGCUGACAAAUGUGCCAAUGAUCAUGGAGUGCAUCAGGAAAAACCUGGACAGCAUCCACAUGGCAUCAGCGCGGCACUGCCUGGACUCCCUGCUUCUCCAACUGAUCAAGCAGAUGCCCAGGGAAGAAGUCCAGAACCUGCUGCAGUUCUCUCCGCCAAGUGACAGCACUGCCCUGGGCAUGUGGGAGGUGGUCCUGGCCAUGCCGCAGACCGUGGAGAAGGUUUUAAACCUGCUGAUGGAAGACUUGCCGCUGUGCAACUGGUGCACUGCAGUCACAGAAGACACCUGCAUCCGUCGCUUGGCUGUGAGUUCCCCCAUGAAACCUUGCUCCCAGCAGG